UAAGAAGGGCCCCAUGUUUACAGCAAGUGCGAGUAGGUCACGUCACGCUCUCCAGCCAUUGGUCAGGUUUUGAGUGACGCAAUCACGCAGAGUUUCCGCAGUCACGGCGUCCCUCUGGUUCAGCGUCUCUCAGACCUUGUGGUGCCCUUAAACUUGAAGUUAUAACAAGUCUAUCGUCAUGGCAUCUCAAGUGCCUGGGCUUUCAGCUCUGAUUAAACCGGGGUUAAUACCGGGUUUCAAGGUUUCUAAAGAUCAGCUGACCACCAUCGUUCCCAUUGCAGUGGCUGCGGCUCUGAGCACAUACCUCCUGACGCGCUACUUCAGUUCACAGAGCAGUCCCGCGAGCAGGGUCAACUUGACUGUCAAAAAAGACAGCCCGAAAGUAGUGCACAGCUUCGACAUGGAGGACAUCGGCAACAAGGCCGUCUACUGCCGCUGCUGGAGGUCCAAGAAGUUUCCCUACUGCGACGGCGCACACGCCAAACACAACGAGGAAACUGGUGAUAAUGUCGGACCCCUGAUCAUUAAGAAGAAAAACCCCUAGAUAUUCAGUGUGUGUGUGUGUGUUUCCAUCAGUGUUUUCCAUCCACUGGAGGUGAGAGGAACUGGACGAAGAUUUCACUUCUCAGUGUUAAUGCAUCUCGUUCACACAAGGACUUCCUGUAUCACUGCAGACACGCUGUGGUUUUACACUUGGUCUUCCUCUCCAACUCUAACACGACCCAUAUUAUUUAAAUGUGCUUUAAUGUACUCUAAAACAACUUUGCACUACAGCGCAGAUGAAUGUGGCGGGCCAAAACUUCUACGCACAGUUUAAUUAACAUUUGAGGCAUUAUGACUUGAGCAUGUAGUUUUUACCACAUCAGGUGUAAAACUAAACCAAGACUUCAUAUCAGUAUAUUUUGCUCUUGCUGUACAAGGAAAGUUUGCAUUUUGAAUAAACGUGAUUUGAAACGGCC